AUGAUGGAUCAGCCUUCUUGCCCACUUCCAACAAACAUAUGCCAAAUGUCCUUCGAAGAAUCAACCUCCAAAGGCGGCGCGAUUGCUAACCAGAAGACAACAGCCGCCACAUUUUCUAGCCAAGUUGAGGCUGACUCAAUUCAGUCACCUACACCAGACUUGGACAAUUUACAAGACCCUACGGCUCCAUUUCCAUGUGCCAAUCUUGAUGAACAAAACAGGACCACUCACGUAUUGAAUAUGCAAGUUAACCAAAUGGCCACCAAGUCAGCUGGAGCCUCUCGACUCUGGGGCUCGUCUAAUGAGCGUCGGACAAAAAAUUCAGUAUAUAUGCAUACCAAUAGGGUGAGUAGUGUGUUGGGUAGGCACGAAACUCCCGAGGGUAUUUACUCCUCCAAUUUACGGGCUUCUAUGCUGAGGCCUAAGUCUUUCUACAAAGCGAAGACAACAAGCGAAGACGAGCAGCUUGAGUUGGAUUUCAAAGCUACGACAGGACCUGACAACUCUUUCGGUGCUUCACUUGGAGUCAUCGGCCAAGAGGGGUCUUUGCUACAAUACUCAGGCCCCAAUCAACGCCUAAAGAGGCUGUUAGAAUUGCUCAAGUACGAAUGUAGAGCAGAUGAGACUGAG